CCUGAUGGUAAAAGGUAAGGUUGUAGUGCGUGAUCACCCUCUGCUGGUUACUUUUUAUAACUAACAAAUACAAAAUUGUUAGGAUUUAGUUUGAUUUCAUGAUAACUCCAUCCAUCCAUUAAAUCUUUUUGUUGUUGUUUCUGUUUUUGAGUGAGUGGCAUUUUUUUUGAUCACAUAACAUCCCUAAUUGAGUCAUAGUAUCAUCUGGGUUGAAUAAUACUUGGACUGAGAGCUCAUCUCUCUGGUAUCUUGACUGGUUUCGGGUGUUAGUUUGUGUCACCAGCUCGUACUUGUUCCUCUUCACACUCUGUGCUUCGUCUUGAUCAAAGCGAGGUAAAAGUACACGAGGCUUUCAUACGGCUUGAAAACAGUUUGUUGUUGUCAAGAGAGAUUUUACAUCAUCACACCCUGAGAAUCGUGCAAACUCGAGUUCUUUUUAUUAUCCCCUGACUUCUCUUACUAAACAAAUGAUGAGUUAUUUGAUGAUAUUACAGCAAUGAAAUUUGCUGGUAUAUGACUUUUCUACGAACCUCCCAGAGUAAAGAAGUUACUUUAGUUUAUCUGACAGUAUCAUGAAAGGUGUGGCAAACUAUAAAUCAAGCUGUARAAUAUGAAUAAUCAGUCCUAAUUCUGAUUUUGUUCCCAUUUAUGUGACUUACUGUAAGUGUGUUGUAGUUUUGGAGUCGUCUGACACUGCUGACGAUGUAGUGUUGAGCAAGACUUUGUGUCACCAGCCACACCUUUCCACUCCUCCUCUCACAAGCGGUAGUUACAGCUAAGCCAGGCUCAGAUCUAUAAGAACUUUGCCAGCAGCUAAGAAGUCAUUAUUUACAGUGCAGCUCAAGCAUCAGACCUUCAAGGAACAUGCUGUGGACAAUAUUUCUGAUUCUUAAUGGACUGUUUAUWUUACUUCUUCUGUUUUUUACUCGCUCAAGACRGAAGAACGAGCCGCCUCUCGACAAAGGGGUCAUUCCAUGGCUGGGUCAUGCUCUUGAGUUCGGCAAAGAUGCAGCAAGGUUUUUGGCACGCAUGAAAGAAAAACACGGAGAUAUCUUCACUGUCUGUGUUGCCGGGCACUAUGUGACAGUGCUGUUGGACCCAAACUCCUUUGACAGUGUGCUGAGUGAUACAGACAGUUUUAAAUUCAACAAAAUCCGAGGCCAGCUCAUAGAAAGAGUCUUCAGUUUGCAGCUUCCAAACCUCGACCGUGCAUCAGAGAGAAAAUGGAUGGAAACGCAUUUCCAAGGUCACAGUCUCCAGAAGCUCAGCAGCUCCAUGAACACUCACCUUUACAACCUGCUGGUGAAUAACCAUGAACCCUGCAGCUCUUCAGAGUGGAGGGAGGAUGAACUCUUUGGCCUCUGUUACAGUCUUCUUUUCAGAGCUGGAUAUCUUACGUUGUUUGGAAAGGAAGACAGUGCAGCCACAGUCUAUGAGGAGUUUCGAAAGUUUGACGGACUUCUCACCAAACUGGCUCGAAAUUCUGUGAAACGAGGGGAAAGUAAAAUAGUCAAAGCAUCCCAGGAGCAACUUUGGGAGCUGCUGUCCCCCCGGUGUCUGAACGAAGCGUCUGAUUCCUGGCAGCAGAGCUACCAUCACUUCCUGCAGGGACAGGGGAUAGAUGCAGACAUGCAGAAAAAAGCCCUGCUCUUGCAGCUGUGGACCACCCAGUGUAAUGCUGGACCUGCUGCCUUUUGGAUCCUUGGCUAUCUGCUUACUCACCCCGAGGCCAUGGAAGCUGUUAAGUCAGAGAUGAGAGGCCUUUCCACUCUCCAGUAUACUUCCCUGCAGCGGCCCGCCCUAAACCAGCUGGAAGCUCAGCAUACACCUGUGUUUGACAGCGUUUUGAACGAGACCCUACGGCUCACCGCCGCYGUGAUGAUCAAUAGAGAAGUGGUGCGGGAAAAGACCCUGCGCUUGGCCAACGGUACGGAGUACCACCUCAGACAAGGGGACAGAGUGUGCCUCUUUCCCUUCCUCAGCCCUCAAAUGGACCCGGAGAUCCACCAAGAACCCCAGAUGUUCAAAUACGAUCGCUUUCUUAUGGAAAACCAAACGGAGAAAGAUGAAUUCUACAAGAACGGGAAAAGACUGAAGUACUACAUCAUGCCUUGGGGCGCAGGGAGGAACAGCUGCGUGGGGAAGGAGUUUGCUGUUGCAGCCAUUAGGCAGUUUGUGUUCCUGAUUUUGACUCAUCUUGAUCUGGAGCUGAGUGACCCCGAUGCUAAACUUCCACCUGUUAAUCCAAACCGCUAUGGCUUCGGGAUGCUGCAGCCAGACGGAGAUCUGCAGGUCAGAUACAGACUGAAGAGGACAUGAAAUCUGCACACUCUAAAGUGUGCUGACUGAUGAACAUAUUUUUUAAAAGUGGUUUUAGUGUGACACAACAUUAUUUAUUCUGGUUCAUAUUUAAUCUAUCUGCCUUUAAGCUGUAAAAUGCAUUGCUGUGUUUAAAACAUUAUUUAUAAUAA